AUGCCUGGGGAGUUGGGCCCUUCUGGGGCUCCUCCUGCUACCCUGCAGCUUGUCUCGCUGUGGCUGGCAAAAACAAGUGCUUUUCUGCUUGGGACUACAGAGCUCCCCUUUCACUUCCCCCAAGGUACUUCCCAUCAAGGUGGCUAUUCCCAUGAUGCUGUGGUCCAUGCGUUGCAGAAAUGUGGCAUUCGUCAUAUUGACACAGCAAAAAGAUAUGGCUGUGAAUCUCUCCUCCAAAAGGCCAUCAAAGAGAGUGGUGUGAAGCGAGAGGACCUCUGGAUAACUACCAAACUGUGGCAUAGUGAUUAUGGCUAUGAGAACACCACCAAAGCCUGCUUGGAAUCAUGUGAAAGACUUGGUGUUGACUAUCUUGAUCUUUAUUUAAUACACUGGCCUGAUGCAUGUAUUCCAGGUAAAAGCAAUCGAGAGAUCCGAGCUGAAACUUGGAGAGCAAUGGAGGAGCUCUAUGAGCAAGGUUUGUGUAGAUCAAUUGGUGUAAGCAACUUUCUUAUCAGUCAUCUUGAGCAACUAAAGGAAGACUGUGUGAUUACUCCACAUGUUAAUCAGGUUGAAUACCACCCUUUCCAAAGACCUCAGGAGCUGGUCGAUUAUUGUAGGAGCAGAGAUAUUGUUUUUGAAGGCUACUGUCCUUUAGCCAAAGGUGAAGCACUCACUCAUCCUAGUAUCACUCAGCUGGCAAAGAAAUACGGCAGAACCCCAGCACAGAUUUGCAUACGCUGGAGUAUACAGAAUGGGAUUGUCACUAUUCCAAAGUCCACAAAAGCAGAAAGGAUACAGGAAAACUGCAAGGUGUUUGAUUUUACAAUAGCAGAAGAUGAUGUUGAAAUUCUGAAUGGAAUGCAUGAUGGGAGACAUGUUUCCUGGGACCCAAGCCUUAUUGUGUGAACAAAGGUUUUUGAUUCUGAGGGAAGGAAGAUACAGAGUUUUUGAAUACUGUGAAUAUCAACAGAAAAUUAAUUCAGCUAACCUAUACACAGUGAAAAGUAUAAUUUAAAACCAGAUUGUGUUCUGUACUGCAAAAGUGAUACAACUGAAACAUUAAUUCAUUUUAAACUGAACAAUAAAUCUAAACUGUUCUCUUAGGUACUCAGUACCUAACUAAUAUCAAUCAAUUAAAAAAUCAGUAUCAAUGAUUUUUGUUUACUGAUAUGUUAACAAAAUAAUAAAAUAAUUUAGUUUAUUCUUUGUUGCUUUCUUAUAGGUACAGAAAGGCUUACUUUUAGCAAUUUCCCUGCUUUCUCAGAACUUUCUGGCAUAGUCUCACAGUAUGGGUUAAGCUAUCUCACAAUGUUAUAAUUAAGUUUCUUCUGCCCGCAUGUACUUCAUUUAAGGUGUCAUUUUUAACCCAUUGCAACAGAUUAGUUUGGUUUUUCCCUUACAGAUUUUGAAAAGUAUUAGUUACUUAAAGGCACAGAUAAGAGCAUGCUACAAUGCAUGUAAAUCUUGAAAAAUUAUUCAAAAUAUGGAAUAUUUGUUCUGGAUUGCAGCAGAAAUCUGAAUCUGACUUUUUUACAU